AUGGCUAAGACAGGUUCCGUUGCUGCACGUUUCCAGAGAAUGAAGGAAGAAUAUCAAACCAAAGGGAUGCGAAGAACCGUGGAAGGGGUCUUGAUUGUCCAUGAACAUCGUUUACCUCACAUCUUAUUAUUGCAACUUGGUACUACUUUUUUUAAACUACCCAGUACAGAACUGGCUCCAGGUGAAAGUGAAGUAGAAGGUCUUAAGCGUGGUCUAAAUGAGAUCCUUGGACGGAACGAUGGCGUAGAGCAAGAAUGGUUAAUUGAGGAUUUAUUGUGCAAUUAUUGGAGGCCUAACUUCGAAGCAGCUCAGUACCCAUACGUUCCUGCUCAUAUUACGAAACCCAAAGAACAGAGACGAUUAUUUUUGGUCCAGUUAGCUGAAAAAGCACUAUUCGCUGUACCUAAAAAUUACAAAUUAGUUGCUGCACCCGUCUUUGAAUUAUACGAUAAUGCCUCAGGUUACGGUCCUGUUAUUGCCAGUUUACCAAUUUUGAUCAGUCGGUUCAAAUUUGUCUAUAUGUAA